AUGGUUGUAUGGCAGCUCUUAUGCUCGCUUGCUGUUGUCCUCGUCCAAGGCCAGAAGCAACCCAAUAUCUUGUUACUAUUGGCCGAUGAUUUGGGGUACGCAGAUGUAGAUUGGCACGAUCCUAAGUAUGUAAAUAACAAUAGUAGAUCGUACUAUUUCUUUAAAAACAUAUGGAAAACUACAUUGAAUAUUGCAACUAUAUAUAUUGUCAUUAUGGCCUUGUUGUUUUUGUUGAUUUUCCAUUCUUCAUUACUUACAUACUAAGACAAAUUGCAGAUUGUCAACUCCAAACCUAAGAAAAUUGGCCUUUAGUGACCACACGACCUACUUGACUAACUCUUACGUGAACCAGCUAUGUACUCCGUAAGUACACCUUCUGUUACAGAGAAAUAUAAUGAUGGUACCUUAAUUAGGCCUUAUAUCGUCCUCAUUUAGAACUCGGUCAUCAUUGAUGACAGGAUACUAUCCGUUUCGAACUGGUACACAGAACGGAGUAUUUCUUCACAUGGAACCAGCCGGAGUACCACUUGACUUUCCCUUUUUACCUCAGAAUAUGAACAAGCUCGGAUACAAAAGCUAUUUAGUAGGAAAAUGGCAUUUGGGAUACUGUAAAAAAGCCUUCUUACCUACUAAUCGAGGAUUCAACUACUUUUACGGGUAAGAUGCCACUUUAGACAUACAUUUUACAUUUUAGGUACUACGGUCCGCAACAAGGGUACUUCAACCACAGUGCGGACAUGUUCGACCGAAACUCUGGCAAAGUUGUCGGUGGACUAGACUUGUUUGAAGAGAUUGACGGACACUCAAUUCCUGUCAUUGACAAGAACGGAGUAUACUCAACCGUACGUUAUAGUAAUGUUUUUACUAGCCCAUGCUGGACAUACGGUGUUAAGGGGAGAACAAAUAAACUUUGUAAACUCUAUUUUAAAAUUAACUUUCAGGAUCUAUUCACUGAUAAAACCAUGAAAGUACUCGACCAACACCCCAAGAAUGUGCCGUUCUUCAUGUUCCUAUCGUUUCAAUCUGUCCAUGCUCCUCUACAAGCACCUGCCCACUACAAAAAACGUUGUUCCAAACUGUUUUAUGACCCCAGACGGCAAUUAUAUUGCGGUACGUUACAAUUAUCAUGAUCCUACUUUCAUUAAAAUCACAUCUUGUUUACCAAUAUUCUUUAGGAAUGCUAGCAUCAAUGGACGAUGCUGUUGGAAGAGUAAUAAACUACCUUAAAGCGAGGGGAUUAUACGAAAAUACUGUUAUCAUCUUCAGCAGUGAUGUAAGUCAUUUACAGUAAGAAUACUAUGUUAUUAUUAAGCCUAUAUGAUUUUACAUAGUUUUUAGAACGGAGGAGAUACCAAGUUUGGAGCAUCCAACCGACCGUACAAAGGCGAGAAGAACUCGAUAUGGGAAGGAGGCACAAAGACUGUCACCAUUUUCCACUCUCAGAAGUACAUAAGACAGUUUUCUUACAAGCAUGAGUAAGUUCUUGAUUAAAAUAUUACAAUUACAGUACAAAGGUUUACAGUGAGAUCUAAACUGAAAUUAUACUUUCAGCUUGUUUCACGUAGUAGACUGGCAUCCUACUCUACUCGGUAUUGGUGGAGCAACUUUACCAACCUACGGUAUGUUGCAUUCUUUAAAUUUAUAAAACUAAGCACUAUAAUGUAAGCAUGACGAUAUCAAUAACGUAAGAAAGUAGUCAUAAAAUAAAUUUAGGUGAUGGCCUGAACCAAUGGCCGUUAAUAUUAGGAAAGAAAGACGUGAUCAAGAGAAACCAGUUCAUCUACAACAUUAACCAUCCCAUCUCGGCAUUGAGAAAGGGAGAGUUCAAACUGGUUUAUGAAACCAAAGAUAUAUUCCGACACGAUCCAACUGCCAGAGCCAAGCUUUACAAAUUAACCGGUAAAUAGUUUUACAAUACGAUUCUUCAACCAUUGAAGUAGUCUGACAGUAAAAAAGUUGCAACAUGUAACAACAUUCACAUUUCUGAUAUUUUAGUGGAUCCAUUGGAAACAACAGAUCUAUCCAAAAAGUAUCCGUUAGUUGUGAGUGAGUUGAUCAAUAAACUUAAGGAUUACGCCAAGAAAGGGAGGAAUUCAGUGAGAAAACCUGUGGAUGCAAGAGGAAAUCCAUCCAGAUAUAGCAAUGUAUAUUACGGCGAAUGGUGUUGA